AUGAGCAGCAAGUUCGCGGCGUACGGGGACCUAAGGGCCCGUUUACAGGGUCUUGAGUUUGAUAAUUUUGCGUUACUGCUACGGGAUCCUUCUAUGUGUAAAGAGUUGGAGGCCUAUUUCUCGAGGUACAUCUGGGUCACACUGUACUUUGGCCAUACAGCAGCUGCAGAGGCUAUAGUAGUGAACGCCAAAAACGCCGGCCUUUCGAACCCCAAUUGGGACACGGCGAUCACAGCCUACCAAUCCAACAAGCCAGGGAGUAUAUCUGUUCUCUCUCAGCUCUCUUGGCCCGUCGGAAUAGAGACGAUUGUCGUUGAUGCCAUCACAGCCUGGAAGCGGGCGUAUGCUGCGAGAUAUGCUGCCUGUUAUCGCGAAAUUACCUUGGAGCAUUGUGCCGAGCUUGGAAUCGACCCAUAUGAGGUUACUUGGCAGGUGGCUGAUGGUAUGGCCUACCCGCCUCAGCCAGCACCCGCGCCGGCUAAGCGGAGCGCUGAACAAGAAACACAGAUUUUGAUGUGUGCGGCUGACGUGCUAGCUAGCUGA